AUGAAACUUAGAAUGUCUAGUCUCGCAUGCUCUGAACUUUACAUUGGUACUGAAGUUACCUUCAACACACCAUCACCCCAAACGUGGGUUCUCGAGGAGAAGCUCACCGAGGAUGUUCAACAAAUGACAGAGUGGCCACGUGAUGGUAGCGCGGGGCCUCCCUUUGCCGUGCUCAAAUAUCUCUGCCACAGUGCGGCAGAUAGCAAUAAGAAGGCGAUCAUGCGAAUCUAUUUGCAGAUUCCUAUUGAAGGAACCGAGGUUCAACGCCCUGAGGUUCGACAACGACAGGCCGCUCCUCCACGAAAACAUCGAGAGCUAGACGUCCUAAAGGAUCUAACGCUACAAAAAUGUCCCGUGGUCCACUCACCCAAAGGCUCGUGCUGUCUGUGA